AUGGUUGCCAAAGACGCACCGAUUCAGAUUCUGGGUGCGGGCGCAUGGGGUCUGUCAACAGCGCUGCAUCUGAGCAACGCCGGCUACACCAACCUCUGCGUAUACGAGCGAGCAGAGAAGAUCCCUUCGCAAUACUCUGGUGCCUAUGAUCUCAACAAGAUCGUGCGAGCAGAAUACGAAGAUGCUUUCUACACCAAGUUAGCCCUAGACGCCAUCGAAGGCUGGAAAACUCCUCUCUUUGGUCCAUACUUUCACCAGACCGGCUACGUCGUUGCCACUACUGGACGAGCGCCCGCAAAAGCAGUCGAGCAUCUUGAGGCAGCAUUAGCAACCAUUCAGAAGGAUCCAGUGUUCGCACCCGGAAUCCGAAGAUUAGAUGGCGCCAAGGACUUCAAAGAGUACACCUGGCAGUACUCGGGACCUCUGACCGGGUUCAAGGGCUACUACAACCGAUUAGCAGGCUACGCGCACUCUUCAGACACUCUGGCAGGUCUUUGGGAGCACUGCGCGAGGAUGGGAGUGAAAUUUGUUCUCGGCGAGAAGGCUGGCAAGGCAGUCAGAUUGGUGUAUUCCGGCAAGAAGGUAGUUGGCGUGGAGACCGCAGAUGGCAAGAUCCACAAGGCAGACUUGACGAUCGUUGCACUGGGAGCACACGGGGCCUCUCUUCUCCCGGGACUGGGCAGAUUCGUGCAGGCUCGUUCGUGGUCUGUAGCCCACGUCCAGCUCACCGAACAAGAGUGCAACCUUCUCCGCGGCAUUCCAACAACCAACGUGCGAGAUCUUGGAUUCUUCUUCGAGCCAGAUCCCAAGACAAGGCUGUUCAAGAUAUGUCCUCUCGGCAUCGGCUUCACAAAUACUGGCUCGAACGGCAUCUCGUUACCGCCGCCUGAUAGAUUGCCGCCUCCACAAGACUUCAUCCCAAAGGAAGAUGAGCAGAAGCUGCGGCAGCUCCUGAGAGAAACGUUCCCCUGGAUGGCUGAUAGGCCCUUUGUGGACCAGAAACUGUGCUGGUUCGCGGACACAGCGGAUUCAGACUACUGUAUCGACCAUGUACCAGGCACCGACCAGUCCGUCAUUGCACUGUCUGGAGACUCCGGGCACGGAUUCAAGAUGAUGCCUGUGUUUGGCAAGUGGGUUGUAGAUCUGAUUAACAAGGGCGGACAGGACAUCGAGCGCUGGCAAUGGAAGAACGAGGACCUGAACGGAAAGAACUGGGGUGAAUCCGUGAGCUGGAGAGUUGGAAAGGGAGCUGAGCUGAGGGAGCUCAUCGCCGCGAAGGACAGGCUGGUUCGCGCGAGAUUGUAG